GGAUCUUUUUCCUCACACUCUCAAUGCAGGAUCUCACAAGAGCAGCCUUGCCAACGAGUCCUCGUCCUAAAAGAUGUCAGACUCUGUUGAUGACAAAGAUAUUAUUGAAGAAGCCAUGGAUUCUCGAGUGACAUGUGGGAUCUGUAGAGGGCGCUACAAUGAUCCCCGCCUUCUGCCAUGUCUUCACUCAUACUGUCUGUCUUGUCUGCAAGGGCUUGAGGCUCAUGUUCUCUUCUAUCGAGAUGAUGGAAGCAGUGAUACCAGCUCCCUGAGUAGUAUGCUUAGCAACUUGGGCACCAAGGCAACAGCGAUCAUGUGUCCAGCGUGUGGUACAGAAGUGGAGUUACCCAAGGGAGGGCUGGCAGUGUUUCCAGUGGAUUUCAUUGCUCAGAGGAUGCUGGUACUUGACUCCCUGAACCCAAACUCUAGCAAUCUCAUCUGUGAACUUUGCACGGAUACCUCCAAGGCCAUUUCACGCUGUGUAGAAUGCAUGGUGAAUGUGUGUGGUUUCUGUGUACAGGCACACAAGAGACAACGCAAGACUGCCAGCCAUGAAGUGAUCAGCCUCCACGAAGCCCAGCGUCAAGGGACGGCCAACCUUCACUGCCCUGUCUUGUGCCCGAAGCAUACCCAAGAGGAGCUGAAGUUUUUCUGUGAAACGUGUGACCAGCCUGUGUGCAGGGAGUGCUGUCUGGUUGAGCAUCGGGAGCAUCUUGUGGAAUAUACUGAGGACGUAGCGGAACACCACGCUAGGGUCAUCGCUAACCUGAUUUCGCGUCUCCAACCUCACAUGCAGGCCAUCAUGGCUGGCAAGGCUGCAUCAGAACAUCUUGAAUGCAUGAUCAAGGAGCGGGGAGAGCAGGUCAAAUGUGAGGUUAACCACUACUUUGACAGCUUCAUCCAGGCCUUGCAGUUGCAUCGGCAGUCCUUGCUGACACAGAUCGGGCAGGUGUGCGACACAAGGUCCAAGUCCCUGCAGUCGCAGCGGAUACAACUCCGGCAGAUUCUCAAUGACAUGGAGCACAGUAGCCGACUAGCAUCUCAAGCCCUGGCUGACAGCAACAACAAGGAGCUCAUGUCCAUCAAACCACUCAUCUCUCAAAGGUUGUGCCACCUGAAUAGAGUCUCCUACAAGAGCACACCUAAAGGAGACUCAACUCUCCAGUUUAAACCAAAGAUAUUGUCAAAGAAGAUGGUGAAUGGAUUGCAGGUUCCGGGAGUUGUAGACACCAAGAUGGCCGACUCUAUGAGGACCAUCGCAAAGGGAGAUGGUCUUCAUAGAGCAAACCUAGGCAAGCUAACUACAGUGACUGUUCUUCUUCAAGAUACUACGGAGCAGGCCUAUCAUAAUGGUGGAGAUGAAAUCAUGGCUGAAUUACUCUCCAUAGAGGGUAGAACAAGAACGUACCAAUGCAAGGUGAUUGAGAAUAGUGAUGGGAGUUACGGAGUGAGCUACACACCCAAGCAGCUCGGAGCUCAUUCACUCAACAUCCUUGUCAAUGGACAUCAUAUAAGGGGGAGUCCAUUCAGUGUUACGGUGAAGGUUGGAUGGCAGGAGCAUACCGGUAUUUAUCAUUGCUGUACGUUCUGUUCCAGUGAGGGCAGCAAACAAGCUACAUGCGCAUGUGGAGCCGUCAUGCCCGGUGGCUUCAAAGGUUGCGGUCACAGCCACCCGGGCCAUCCGGGAAAAUGGCACUGGUCCUGCUGUGCCGUCACCGACAGAGAGGCCGAAUGCAAUGCCGACACUAAGCGUCCUACCAAGAAAAGGGACAAUAACACCCUGACCUUGCUCCGCAACAGACUCCACAGUACCAGCUCAGGAUCCAGCGAUAGGUCGUCUAGAUCAGGCGAUGGAGGACCUGUGCGGUUUACUGAGAAACCAACAGUUGGCAAGAGAGUUCCUACAACUAAAGUCAAGACUGUAUCGUUAUAGCAGACUUUAUAGCUACGGUUCAUUUCAUAAAGAUGUUUAUAAGUCACGAGCAACUAGUGAUCAUUUCUUGUGCUGAAUGAGAUACCCCAAAUUUUUUUGUUUGAUAUAACAAGAGUGGAUUUCAGGACUAUCCUUUACCAAAAUAUUGAAAUUUUCCAUUUAUAUGAUUGUUAAAAUUGAGAAUCCUAAGCCACAAAGAUUGGAUUUCAAUUGUAUUACACAUGGUUGAUGCGAAUUAAAAUGAAUUACAUUCUGAUGCGCCACAAGAAAGGGUCACCAGUCAAUUGCAAAGUCGUUCGUCAUUUAUGAAAAAUAGCUUUAUGAAACACCAACCAAUCAUACUUGGUUUUACCAACUUUGGAUCUACUGACAAACUGUCUAGGUGCCUGUUGCAGAAAGAGUUUAAUACCAUCAAUCCCAACUAAAAAAAUCAAAACGCAACUUCAUUUUCAACCAAUGAAAUGUGCUUAUCAGGGACUUGCGAUUGAUUUCUUGAGUUGCGUGUAAUUUUUUUUUCUUCAAUGGGCCCUUGUUCAGGGCAUAGAGAGGUUUUCUGGUUUAUUGGGAAUCUCUAGUGAACAAAGUUUAUUUACAUUUACAGCUCAAAUAGAAUUGUGUCAUUAUAACAUGUGAGCAAGUCUUAUUAUUGGAGAAUUGGUCCAGAGUUUUAGAUUUAAAUUAAUUUGUGAGUUUUAAUUUCAUUAGGAUGUGAUGGAAAUUAUGAUGAAAUUCUCCUAAGUUUUUUUUGAUCGAUUUACUUUAAUUUUCCUAAGUUUUUCUCAUCGAUUUAUUUUAUUAAUUUUUUGGAAAGGGUGACAGGUUGGUUAUUUGUUGACUAAUUUACAGCAAGUUGAUCUGAAUAAAGAGAGAAGAAUCGAUUAAGCAUAAUAAUGAACAUUUAAUAUCAAAACGAGAUUUAAAAUGAUAAAGAAGUGGGAUUGUAACAUUAUGUGUGUAUUCCCAUAGCAGUGAUAUGCAUGAUCAGGGUGGUUUACAAACGAGAGAGCCAGUGACGUCACACACCCACUGUAUCUCGCAUUAUAUUAUGAUCUUUUUUCUCAAUUAAAGGUAAAUACCAGUUGUAACAAUUUCAAAAUGAGUUUGAACAGAAUCCAAUAAAAUUACCAUCUAAGUCUUUGUAUGUAUGAAUGAAAAAUAUGUGCCAAAUAGCUCUGGAAGAAAAUGCGCAAUUGCUGAGGGAUGACCAAAAUAUGCACAGAGUUCCUUCAAACUUUGGGUAUUUUUUCGAGCAAUAUUUAUACAUUGUCCCACAUAUGCUUUUUGUGUUAGUGAUCAUCAGAAUUAUCGGUUUUGAGCUAAGGUGUCAUGAUUUCACAAAUAUAAGUUUACAUUGGUGUACCAGAUCUAGAUAUAUGGUGACAAUUAACCUUGAUUUUAAAGACUUUCUCAUGAAAUAAUUGUUUUCUGCAACAACUUUCUUUUACCUUCUUGUAAAACACAUUGUGACUCCUCCCUGAAUAUGUGAAAGCAGCAUUACUGUUAGUGUAACUAUUUGUGAUUCAACCAAGAGCUUCUUUAUUGUCAAUUAUUUUACACAUAAUGAAAUAUUCCAGAUCUCAUAUAUACAGUACAUAGAAUAAAAAAAAAAUCAACAUCACUGGCUCUCUCAUUCGCACAACCUCUGAGUUGGAUGUAUUUUGUUUUUAAAUUCAAACAAAUUAGGAAAUUCCAUUUCUUUCUUUGUUUUUCAUGAAACUUUGAUAAUUUCCAAUUUGUCAGUGUUAUGCUUAGAACUCUUAUUUUCUUUUCUUUUUUGCAAUCAAUUUGCUAAACUUUUUAUUAAUUUUGAAAAAUUUGAAUUUCCAGCAUAUCAGUCACAACUUUUGUUGUCUUUCCUUGUAAUCAGAAGAUUUUGGCCCAAACUAUAACUCUGUGAAGUAAGGGAGAGUAUGGGAAAUUUAAUUAUUGCUGCUUUCUUUUUUCUUUUUAAAAUUUUAUUUUAUUUUGAGUUUGUCCAUCUUUUAAAGAGUAAUUGCUUUCUGUAAGAAGACAUCUUAUUUUUGAAGGGGGAAAAAUCGAAGUAUGAUUAAAAUGAAAGAUUAAAAAAUUAAUGCACUAUAAUUUGAGAAAGACGAUAAUUGAAUUGUACAAGAAAAAAGAUAUGUCAAUUUUGUUUUUCAAUCUUCCUUUUACUUGAAAAUUCAUGAACUAUGCAAUUUCAUGAUUAUGCAAUAUUUUUCACUCAUGACAAAUAAUAGGAAUUGCCAUACUGCCUUAUUAUUCAAUCUUGAUUCUUGAAUAUAUUACUCAUGCAUGACUUUCUUAUUUAUUUGUAUCUUUUGUAUUUAUCGCUGCCAUUACAUUCUCAGUAAUCAUUUAUUGAAUGCAUUUUAUUUCAUGUCAGUGGUGCUAUAAGUUAUGAAUCAAUGCUUAUAUUAAUAAAUUAUAAAAUGGGUCCAUGGAUGUUGCUAAUAGCGAGUGCGCAUGCAAAUCAUGCAAAUUAUCAUCCAUGAUUUACUUCUGUUCAACCUUUCAGCCAUGCUUUCUUAGUUGCCGCACUGUGCAUCUUCAUAGUAUCACUUUAACGCUGGCGAAUAAAAACCGGUGCUAUAUGAACUAUGCAUUCUUAUAAAGAGGCUAUAAAGCGAGGGCUUUGAUGUGCAUCAUUCUGGCUACCCUUUUAUUUUCAUGAUAGAAAGCAGAUGCUGCCUCUAAAUUUGUGCAAUCUGAGGGGAGGGGUACAAUGGUGCUAAAAAGUUAGUGAACCCCACCAGAAAAUGAACAUAUUCAAAGUGUUCAAUUUCUGCCAUCUUUUAGAUAUUUAAUUUUGAAAUCAGAUGAUAAAAUAUUACAUUCAAUAGUUUGUUUCUCUGGGCUUGCCGGAAAUUGUAGUGUUGUUGUCUACUUUCAAUACUCGGCAUGAAGGAGUGCAUUUUCUGCUGGAGUUCACUAACUUUAUAGCGUAUUGACACUCUGCCCAACGAGGAAGAUCUGGCGUACCAUCGCGUCACGACCCGGUCGGGUGAUGUGAAGGUGCAACGUGUGCACACUUGCUCUUUCACUUGCUUUGAUUCCUUUUUACGUGAGUUAGGAGAUAUAGCGAUAUACAUUUUGGAGUUCAGAAAGCAAUUUCGAAUAUGAUACACAUAAUGCAUCAUACAACUUAAUAUUAUUUUGUGAAAAGUCUCUGAAAGUGAAAACUGUUUUAUAAGGGAAAAGAUCCAUUGCAAUUGAUCUUCAUGCUGAGCUUGAGCGGUUGAAAUGACGUCACACAUGUGCACCUUGACUAUGAUUUAGAAUGGCAGAAUGGAGGUGGCGAGGUUCUCAGUUCUGAUAGUCGGCGAGGGUGAGGACCCGACGCAUUUGGCAGGCCGUAAAAUGACGUCAUCUCGUACCAGCCGUCUAUGUAGAUGUAUGAUUCUAAAAGUGCUUAUUCAUACAGACAAUACUGGCAACCCAUUUUAUAAAACAAACAAUGCAUAGGUUUAAAUUUGUGAUAUUAGUGUCAAUCUGGGCAUCUUGCAUAUUCUCAUUAUUAAUAAUGAUAUUAUUCAAAAGCACUUGCACAAGCUCUUCAUAUUUGUCUCACAUUCUACAUGGCCUAAAGUGUGCUGCAUCGUCACUAUCAUACACAAUCAGCCAUGCAUUGUUUGUAUACUAUUGUAUUUUACAGAUGUACACAAAGUAGAACUAGAUGAUGUAAUAAUGAGUUUAUUGACUAGAUUGUGAUAUUGUCAUAUGGGAUUUGUGCUGUUUAAAGGAAUAUUAAGAAAUGAGAGAAUGAGAUUCAUAAUAUACAAAUUAGUGGUCUUCUAGAC